AUGGUUUUUCUUCUUCAAAAUCGAUACUUCAUUAUUUGUCUACCGCAAGGCCUCGGUUAUUCUCUAUUUCCUGGUGAUUUGAUCAUCACUGGGAACUCCAUAGAUGCAAUUUCAGCUCUUAUAAAGGCCUUAUCUUCCACUUUUGCAUUAAAGGACCUGGGCCCCUUGAGUUACUUUCUUGGAAUAGAUGUGUCCACCACUUCUGAUGGUCUCUUUCUUAGUCAAAGGAAGUAUACCUCUGAUCUUCUUCAGAGCUCCAACAUGAGUGGUGUUAAGCCUAUUUCCACACCAAUCUCUUCAGGUCCUCCCAUCACUUCCGAUUCUGGUAUUCCUCUAUUUGACGGUGCUGAGUAUCGAAGGGUCGUAGGAGCUCUUCAAUAUCUUACGGUAAUGCGACCUGAUAUAAAUUUUACUGUAAGCAAGGUAUCCCAAUUCAUGCAUCGCCCCACUGACAUGCAUUGGUCUGCUGUCAAAAGGAUCUUAAGAUAUCUCAAACAGUCUCUUGGUGAUGGCUUGCUAUUUCACUCAAAGUCUGACAUUACACUUACUGCAUAUUCGGAUGCCGAGUGGGCAGGGUGUCCCGAUGAUUGA